GAUCGCGACGUUACGUAGACGCCAUUUUGUUUCACCGGGAGGAAAAGAACCUGAAAAACACCGGCGUGAAUAUUUCCCCCUUUAUUUUAUUUUUAAACACCUUUUCACCGGGCGGAUCGGCAUCGUGCACCCGCAUUCAGACUCGCAUGAUGUCUGGAGAAAAUGAAGCUGAGAAUGAAAUGGCCACAGAUCACGUCAACGGGAACGGGACGGAGGAACCGAUGGACACGACUGCAGCUGUGACCCGAUCUGAACACUUCCCGGCUUUACUUGAAGCUGGAUUAAAUGAGAAAGUUGCUGAGAAACUAGAUGAACUUUACUUAGCAGGCCUUGUAGCACACAGUGACCUCGACGAGAGAGCUAUCGAUGCUCUGAAAGAAUUCAGCGAGGAUGGAGCUCUGCAGGUGCUGCUCCAGUUCAAAGAGAGCGACCUGUCACACGUGCAAAACAAAAGUGCCUUUCUGUGCGGGGUGAUGAAGACCUACAGGCAGAGAGAGAAACAGGGGACUAAAGUUUCAGAUCCCACUAAAGGACCAGACGAGGUGAAGAUCAAAGAGCUCCUGGACAGAACAGAUUACACACUCGAUGUUACAACAGGACAGAGGAAGUACGGAGGACCUCCACCUGAGUCUGUGUACACAGGAGUCCAGCCCACUGUCGGAACUGAGAUAUUUGUGGGGAAGAUUCCCCGCGACCUGUUUGAAGACGAGCUGGUUCCUCUCUUUGAGAAGGCUGGACCUAUCUGGGACCUCCGGUUGAUGAUGGACCCGCUGAGCGGCCUGAACCGGGGCUACGCCUUCGUCACGUUCUGCACUAAAGAAGCGGCUCAGGAGGCCGUGAAACUGUGUAAUAAUCAUGAGAUCCGCCCUGGAAAGCACAUCGGCGUGUGUAUAUCCGUCGCCAACAACAGGCUAUUCGUUGGCUCCAUUCCCAAGAGUAAAACAAAGGAGCAGAUCGUUGAAGAGUUUGCUAAAGUCACAGAGGGCCUCAGUGACGUCAUCCUGUACCAUCAACCCGAUGACAAAAAGAAAAACCGAGGCUUCUGUUUCCUCGAGUACGAAGACCACAAAACGGCUGCUCAGGCUCGCCGCCGGCUCAUGAGCGGUAAAGUGAAGGUUUGGGGCAAUGUGGUGACCGUGGAGUGGGCGGAUCCCAUUGAAGACCCCGACCCCGAGGUCAUGGCGAAGGUGAAAGUUUUAUUUGUCAGGAACCUCGCCGGCGGCGUCACAGAGGAGCUCCUCGAGACGUCUUUCAGCGAGUUCGGGAAGCUGGAGCGAGUAAAGAAGCUCAAAGACUACGCCUUCAUUCACUUCGAGGAGAGGGACGGCGCAGUGAAGGCGUUGGACGAAAUGAACGGGAAGGAGCUGGAUGGCGAGCCCAUUGAGAUUGUUUUUGCCAAGCCGCCGGAUCAGAAGAGGAAGGAGCGCAAAGCACAACGCCACGCGGCCAAGUCACACAUGUAUGAUGAUUAUUACUACUACCCCCCUCCUUCCCACAUGCCUCCUCCUGUCAGAGGGCGGGGCAGAGGCGGCAACAGGGGCGGCUACUCCUACCCCCCCGACUACUACGGUUACGAGGAUUACUAUGACUACUACGGCUAUGACUAUCACAACUACCGUGGCGGCUACGACGACCCCUACUACGGGUACGACGACUUCCAGGCCCCGGCGCGAGGGCGGGGCGGCAACAGGGGUCCAAGGGGCGGAGGCUCUCCGGCCAGGGGACGCGGCGGCGCGGGGGCACCCAGAGGCAGGGCCAACUUCUCCCAGCGAGGCGGGCCAGGAGGACCGGGCCGCGGCGGUGGCGGCGGGCGGGGCGUGAGAGGACUCGUGCAGCCGAGAGGGCGAGGAGGGGUACGUGGUGCUCGGGGUGGCCGCGGUGGAAAUGUAGGAGGAAAGCGCAAAGCUGAUGGGUACAACCAGCCAGAUUCCAAGCGUCGCCAGACCAAUAAUCAGAACUGGGGCUCUCAACCCAUUGCUCAGCAACCGCUCCAAGGUGGUGAUCAUUCUGCAGGAAAAAGGGGUCGAGGCCGGUCCUGAUGUGUCGCUAUGAAGACUGACCCCGUGUUCGGCGUCACACACUACAAGGCCGCCAGUGGACGGGAUGGUAAGGUCACCUGACUCAGAGGGUCCAAUGGUAUAUUCUUUUUCUCUUUUCUUUUUUUUAAGACUCUUUCAAACAGCCACAUUUCAAGAUAAUCAAAAGAGCAAACCAAGAGCUUGCUUUAUGAAGUUUUAACCCCCUCCCGCCUUUUCCCCCCAAAUAUGCUAAUUCAGACUUGACUGAGCCGGAGUUCAAGUUCAAGAUGGACGUCCUUCUUGGAAAAGUCUUUGCACUUUGUUAAGGUUUGGAGUGUGUAGUGUUUUUAAAGCUCUUAUGAUGGACUAGACUCGAUCAUCUCUGAGUAUUAGAGCGAGUGUUGACGUGUGAUCACCCCCCGCUGUUCAAGGUCGGGCGCUCCGGGGAAAGCAAACGAGGGUCUGUUAACUACCUCAGUUUGAAGGACUCUCCUGAUCUGCCCCCCCUCUCCCUCUCCCCUCCACCCUCAGAGAGAUUCACAAACAACAGAGCACUUAAAGAGUCCAAAGCCUGAUUUAUAUUUGUGUGUUGAAUCAAAGCUGAACCUCUCCACAGUCAAAGUAAGAUGACUAUGCUAACCGCUAAAAUGCUAUCAGCUGGUGACGUUUUCAUACAUGUCACAUGCAUUCUCCUGAUCAGCUCACUCUGACUUUCUGCAGAAUAAAUACGAGGAGGUCUGCAGGAGAAACUCCGGGUGGAGAGAGAAACAUUCAGAUGUUUGACGCUCAGUCUGAUAAACUUCAGGACGUUUUGUUCUUCUGUGAAGUCGCUCAGCUUCUCCAGCUUUUUCUCUCAGUUAACUGAGCGUAUAAUGUGAAAGUUUGAGCUGCCUAACGCUAAUCAACAGUUUAAUUUACUGGAAGAAAAAAAACAACCUUUUUUAUUUUAAUGAGAGUAUCUUAAAGUACCAAAUCUUUUUAUUUUAUUUAACCAGGAAAAAGUCUCAUUGAGAUUAAAAAAUCUCUUUAACAAAGAGCGUCCUGGUCAAGACAGGCAGCGGCACAGUUACAGGGUUUCAGACAUAAAACACUUAAAUACAGGAAUCACAAGAAGAACCAUUCAUCAGAAUCUGUCAGAAGUCAUCAGAAACAAGGAGAUCAAAAAGGGCAAUACGAGUUAUCUAAAACACACACAAAAAAAGGAAAGGCUCGUCAGAGAGGAAAUGAAUCCAUCAAAACUUUCAGGCUAACUCCUGAACUCUACAGAAGUUGCAGAAAACGUUGCCAAAGUAUUUGCAAUUUACAUUUAUUGGCAACAUUUCAGUACAGAGACGUCACCUCUGUGUUUCACUGAAACUUGCAGCGACAGUGAGCAGGAUUUUCAGAUCCCUCCGACUUCUAUUUUUCCUGCUUUGGUAUCCAAACAGGUGACGAUAUUGUUUGAUUUUUAACAAUUCCCGUAUGAAGACGACCCUAACACACAAAAGCAAGCGGCAAACGAGCUCGUUGCCCGCUGUCGCUGCGUCCGGCUUUACUCCCAGCUGUAGCUGUCCGUGUCGCUUCAGGACGUCGUUCACUGAAGAUUCAGCGCUGAAGUAUAAAUCAGGCUUUGGGUCGACGCAGGCUUCAGUUACUGUCCACGUGCUCGCUGGUCUUCCUGAAAUGAGCCUCAGGCCCCGUGUCCACCUGGCGUUUAGUAUCUGAGCGCCAGCGUUCUUUUUCAUUGAGUACAGAGCGUCCUCUUUUGAGCUGCUGCUCCGAGCACUUUGAGUUGAAAAAUCUUGCAACUUUUCAGAAAGGCGCUCUUCUCCAAAUAUAUUCCCCGUGUUUUGGUCUCCUAGGGAUCGUGCCCUGUAAGCCACACCCUCCUCGCUCCAGGUGGACACGUCGACCCUUACUGUCUUUAUAAAUGAACCGAGUGAUGAUGAUGUAGUGUACAGACGCGUUGGUUUAUAAAUGUGAAAUCUUUUUAACGCCUGGAAACUUCCUGUCGGCCAUGACGGGAAGGCUGUCAUGUUUUUAUUUUUUUUGUAUUUGUUGGUUUUGUCGAUGUGACGACAUCUCUGCACAAACGUCUGUGUUGUUUCUCUUAACGUGUGUGAAGCUGCCUUUUAUUUUGUAAACAUGUCUUGUUUAUUUCCACUUCCUGUAAAGUAGAGGAAGCAAGUUUUGUAGGAAUCAAAGAUGGCGUUGGGGGGGGGGGGUUAAAGAAACAGCACGAUGAUAAACUACGAUGUCGACCAUGUACAGUAAACGUCUUAUCACCGUCAGUGAUCAUGAAAUACAGGAAGCUAACGUGUAAAGAAUUUUAAAGGAGUCGAUCCAAACUCAUGUUCAAACUGCAAACAGGCGGGAUUAAAGAUUUAAAGGAUCUUUACGGCGUGUUUUAGUCAAACCGAUCUACUUCUACCCCACGUCAUGUCGCUCAAAGCUCAUUGGUUCCUGCCAAAAAAGCUUUGAAAACCCCUUUAAAAUAUUUAGUUUGGGGGCGCUGGCGGUUGGUGCAGAGCCAGGUUCUAGUCCUGUGGCUCCUUUCCUGCAUGUCAUUUCUCUCUCUCUCUCUCUCUCUCUCUCUCUCCCCCUCCCCCCCGGUUCUACAAAACUACGGAUGUUUAAUCACAUUUAAACUAAAAGAAAACAAGUGUGAAGUUUAGACCCUGUGCAGGAAUAAUGCUUCCUUUUUUUGGUUAUUAACCAAGAAUCUCUAGAGUGGAUGCUCACACAGGUCACCAUGUGGUGGACUCUGAAGCUUCAGUGUUUAUCCAGCUCUGCAUGGGUCUGUAAACCUUUCUGUGUUCUAACCUCUCUCCAUUUUUCAAAAGCAUCUCCAAUAUUGAUCCUAGUUUGAGCACGUUUCUGCUCGUGGAGCUUAUUAGAAACAUGCAGAGGCUUUUUAGGUCGGGUACAAUCACUUCUAUCUGAACCACUUCUCUUGCCCGCUUCCAUCGCUGCAACACCUGUUGACCUGAUAACUGGCAUCAGUUUGGAUUUCUCCUUUGAGCUCUUUUUAAACAAUCACGUGUGUCUGAGAAGUUGGUUUUUUUUUUUACUUUUUGCCUUGUUUUGUUUUCCAUGAAACUCAGCGUCAUGUCACACGUUUGAUUUUCUUUGUGCAGCGAUGACUGUUGAGUUGCCAAGUUUAAAGGUCAAAUUGUUCUUCUUGUUUUUUGUUUUGCUAACCUGUGUGUUUGCAUUCUUGCAAAUGAAUUGUUUUAUACUGUACAGUGAGGUGAGUUAAACCUAUUUUUCUAAUAAAGUUAUUGACUUUGAA